AUGCGGGGUCCCGCCGUGUCCCUGUGCGCGCUGCUGUGCCUGGCCGUGGCCGUGGCGGUGGCGGUGGCCGGGGGUCGCCCCGUGCGGCUCGACAGGGUCCGGGCGGACGCGCGGGCCCUGACCCGGACCCUGAGCACGCGGCUGCAGCAGCUCCAGCUGUUCCCGCUGACCGUGCGCAUCACGGGCCUGGAGGGGGUCCCGGAGGGGGCGCUCCCGGACGGGGCGGCGCCCCCGGGGCUGGGCUGGGCGGCCCAGCGGCUCCAGCUGUUCCAGCGGCUCCUGGCGGCGCUGCCCGGGGCCGACCCGCGCCUGGCGCAGGUGGCCAGCGACCUGGAGAACCUGCGCAGCGUGCUGGCCGUGCUGGGCGCGCUGCUGGGCUGCCCCGCGCCCCGCCCGCCGCCCGCGCCCCCGCCGCCCAGCGAGGCCCCGCACACGGUGGCCGGGGUGGCCCUGGCGCGGCUCCGCGGCUGCCUGGACGGCGUCGCCGCCCGCCUCGAGGGGGUCCCCGCGUGUUAG